AUGGAGACGCACAUCAUCGCCGUCUUCUCGCAGUACUCCAGCGUCUGGGAGAAGUGCGCCCGCAUGACCUACUGGCUGACCAAGUUCAAGAACGCCAAUCCCUACCCGCUGCCGGAGAAGCUACCGACGGAUCCGCUGGAGCUGGCCAUCGUCGCCCUCAAACGAAUGUCGCUGGAUCCGCAGUCCGAUGUCAGCAUCUACUCGACUUCACAAAUUGAACGGGAAAAUGCAACUGAAGAUACGUGGAUAUGCUUUGCGCAAAGUGAAAGUCAAUGUCGACUGAUCGAGGAGCUGGAUCCACAGAGGUACCGCGUGUCAGUCGACGGGCCCUUUCAAGUCUGGGUCGAGCACUUUUCAGUGUCGUACUUUGUUCUAUUUGCCCGCGACAUGAGCCCCAAGGCUAACGCCAAUGAGGACAAAGUCGAGGCAAUGCUCAAUGAAGAACACGAAAAGCACAAUGUCUCCGACCUUCCCCUCGCCAGUUUCGGCUUCCCCGAGAAGGAAGAGGCCCUUGAUCCGAUGCGCAAGCUGCACAUUCAAGAGGACGGCACCAUUCUGGCUGUGGCCGCCACCGGCACCUCUAGUCAGUCCUCCCUGAUGACCUGGGUUCGCAUUCUGGAGCGAGAGAAUCCCCGUCUGCGCUCCAUUCCGGUGAUCAUCUCCAACAAAGACUACGUACAGCCACUGCAAGGCACUGAGGAGCCCUCUAGAGCGGGCACUAGUAGUGCGCCCACUAGCGAGUAG